AUGCUGAAAUUCAUCACUAAUAAAUAUAAAGAAACUGGUAGAAGAGAAAAUCCUUAUCAUCAUAGUGCAGAUACCAAGCUUUUACUAAACUUUGAACCAAAGCGACGUGUAUAUCACGAUCGAAAAGCCUCAUCAAGAUUUGAAUCUGUCGAAACUUGGCGAGAUGCUCGUUUAAUAAAAGAUACAUCAAGAAUUCGACACAUUCCUCGUCGUAAACAUUUCCGAGCACUAGACGACACAAGCAGCACCAGUUUUGGUUUACAACAGAUCUUGGUCUCGGAAUACCCUGAAGGAGCCGAAAAGAUCUUCUUUAUGAUCAAGACCGGAGGCACCGAACUAUGGAAAAAGCUACCAGUUCAUUUCUUUGCUUCAUUACCUAAAAUGCCUAAAUUUGGGCUUUAUUCAGACGCUCCCGGGUCCAUUGCUGGAUACGAAGUGAUUGACUCGUUGGCUAACCUUACCGAGUCGAUACGAAAUUCUGAACUAUUUGAAAUGUAUCGGUUGCACCGAGAUAUUCAUGAUAACCAUGGCAUUUAUGAUUAUUCUGAAACCAAGUUGAACAACGCGUGGGACUUGGAUAAGUUUAAGAAUAUUCCUAUUCUUUUGCAUGCAUAUGAAAACUCUAACUGUGAUUGGUUCUUCAUGGUGGACACAGACUCGUACGUCAUGGUCGAAAGUCUAGUCGAUUGGCUCAAAGGACGAGAUCCAAACAAACCUUACUACCACGGGUCUAUUAUUAAUAUUGGGGUGCCAUUUGCUCAUGGUGGUAGUGGUAUUCUAGUGUCACGAAAGGCUAUUGAAAUGACUGUGGCCAGCCACCGUGAAUAUCUUGAAGAAUAUGAACAACGCGCAACCAAGGAUUGUUGCGGUGAUAGAGUGUUAGGGCUCAUGUUGUUUGAAAAGGGCAAAAUCAUUGGCACUACUGGUGAGGCCUCUGACAAGCUACGCCCAUUCCAAGGGAACACUCACUGGGAUGUGGAAGUGACUGAGAUGCAGUGGUGUUUGCCAGUUUUAUCUUUCCAUCACGUGUCUCCUCAUGACAUUGAACUGUUAUGGGAAUAUGAACAAAUUAAAGAACGCGAGGGCUCACAUGUCACCUACGGUGAUAUCUAUCGAGACUUUUACCAGCCUUAUAUCACUGAUGUGAUUGAAAACUGGGACAACAAUGCACGAGAUGUUCAAAUUCAUAAAGAAGAAGGUAAACAAGAACCUUCCAGUCCUGCUUGGAAGAGCUUUGAAGAAUGCAAGGCUACUUGUGAACGGGACGAAAAGUGCUUGACGUAUCGGACGGCCAACGCACAAGCACCUAGAGUUCCGAUAUGA